AGCCCUACCGCAGCGCUAUCUUUAGUGUUAUUUGUUAAUUACAAACUCCAAAGCACAUGGUUUGACAGCGUGUUUUUAAAUCGCAUAAUCUUGUUUUAAUUUUUGUAAUUGUGAAUAAUUGUUAAUUAAUUAUGCCUAAAUCAAAGAGGGAUAAGAAAAUUUCCCUUACGAAAACAAAGAAAAAAGGUCUCGAAUUAAAGCAACAUGUUAUCGAAGACAUAAGAUCCAGUGUGGAAAAGUAUGAACGUAUUUUUUUGUUUUCUGUGCAAAAUAUGCGCAACAAUAAACUAAAAGAAUUACGUUCCGAAUGGAAUGACAGUAGAUUUUUCUUUGGUAAAAAUAAAAUUAUGGCGCUUGCUUUUGGUAAAUCUUCGGAAUUGGAAGUUGCUGAUGGUAUUCACAAAUUGGCAAAUGCCCUAAAUGGACAAUGUGGUUUACUUUUUACAAAUAGGCCGAAAAAAAAGGUAGUGGAUUGGAUGGAGCAAUACGGAGAAGAAGAUUUUGCUCGAUCGGGAUUCAUUACUGAGGAGACAAUAAUUUUACCUGAAGGUCCAAUGCCAGAUUUUCCACAUAGUAUAGAGCCACAUUUGAGACAAUUAGGAAUGCCCACGUCAUUGCAAAAAGGUGUAGUGACACUGGUUAAGGAAUUCGAAGUCUGUAAAGAUGGGCAGACUUUAAAUCCAGAACAAGCAAGAAUUCUCAAAUUAUUAGGAAGAGCUUUAGCGACAUUUAAAUUAACACCUCUUGGAGUUUACUCAAAAAAACAUGGAUAUAAAAAAUUAAAGACAGAUAAUACAGAAAAUGUUGAGAGGGAAAUGGAAAUUGAUGAGGAGAAUACGUGAUUAUAAUAUUAAUUUCUUUUUAAGUUACGAAUAAAUUAAUUUUGCAGUUUCA